GCCGAUUCUCUGUUUUCAGUUGCCUUCGCUGCUGGCAGCGUACGGACGAAAGAGUUAAGAGUUUUUCGCGAAAAUCGGUUCUUUUACAUACAUUGUCAUCUUCUCGCCGCUUUUGUAUAUGAUGAUCCAAAAAUCCCUAAUCCUACAACAAGUGAUUUCGGUGACCUAGUAUUUAAAAUAAGAAUGGAAAUGUUUUGUUAAAAAUGAAUUUUUUUCUCGCAUGGUACCGGCAUUUAAUGAUAUGUCGCGAAAGGGUUAGAAUAAUUUUUAACAUCUCAAAUUAAAAGAAAAUUUGGAAAGUUAAGAAAAGGAAGAAUUUACGAAAAGCAGAAAGGCGGGAAACGGAUGCGUGGAAAACCGAUUUUCCUGAAAGAACUGUUGGGCACGAGCGCGAUCAAGAAGGAAAAUACCUACUUGAAGGUGGCAGAGACAGGGGUGGCGAAGGUCACGGGGUCGAGCCUAGGGGUGGCAUCAUGGACUCUCACCAGCAACAGUUUUGUCUCAAGUGGAAUAGUUUCGGUAGCAAUUUAGCGACAGCAUUCUCAAAUUUGUUCAAAAGCGAGAGUCUUACCGAUGUCACCCUAUUCUGCGAGGGAGUAACGUUCAAGGCGCACAGGUUAAUUCUCGCAGCAUGCAGCAAACACUUUCAAGAGCUGUUCGAAGGAAUGCCUCCUUCUCCCGCGGGACUGAUCGUUAUUCUCGACGGAACGAGUGCCCACAAUAUGGCGUCCCUUCUCGAAUUCAUGUACCGUGGAGAGGUACACGUGUCCCAGGAAUCCCUCAGCUCUUUCCUCAAAGCAGCCGAAUGCCUUCAAGUAAAGGGUUUGUCCAUCGAGCACGAAAAGCUGGCAGUAGCGCAGAGGCACGCCGCUGAGAACAAUAACUCGUCCACGGACACCGGGGAUGGUGGCGGCGGAAACGGUGGUGCGAGCAGCGGGAGCGGUGACAACGGAAGUGGGAACGUGAGCGGAAACGUCAGUGGUACCGUGAGCGGUAACGUGGGUGGUGGUGUUGUUGAUGACGUUGGCGGAGGAGUCGGCGAGGUGAGCGACAUGGGUGAAGCGGGUGAAGCAACCAUGGUGAGAAACACCAUAAAGAGGGCCCGUACACCAGCACCGUCUCCUGCCCCCGCUUACCCCGUGCCCAACCUCUACUCCGCUACCUCUCACUAUUACGAAACCUUGCCGAAAAGGCUGAUGAGAUCGCCCAGCGACGUCGAUACCCUGGGAAGGGCGAGUGUGUUGCGCGACGGCACUGCCUUCCGGCCCGCAUCAGCGCCACAUCCGCUUCUUCUGGAGAACCACUUUUACCAGCCGUUCAUCCACCCUACAGAAACGCCCGCGCAUCCCCACACCGCACCACACACACCCACGGAAUUGGAACAGGAAUUGGAACGAGCGAGGUCCGAGGAACGCAGCAAUUGCGAUCUCAAGGAAAGCGUAGCUGAAGAUCUACGAAUAAAGCAAGAACCAGUGGCAAUGACCGACCGGGAAAGGGCGGAAAAACUGGCAGAAAGAUUGUCAGGCGAAGUAUAUACCGGGGGAAGGGGGUUCGAUAGUGGUCAUUAUGGUUCGAAUUCGGAUCACAUGCAGCCUGGAGGACAAAUUGGACCCCCCAUGGUGCGUUUGCCGCUUGCUCAUCCACCGACUCCUGAUCUCAGCCCUGCACCCACUAAUCCCGCUAUGUGGAAUACGAAAAUGAAGAAGGCUGGCACUGUCUCCACCCCCCAUGGCAAGAAACUGAAGUGUCCGGACUGCGAGAAAUUGUACGGCUACGAGACAAACCUGCGCGCCCACAUACGGCAACGCCACCAAGGUAUCAGGGUGCCGUGCCCGUUCUGCCAGCGGACGUUCACGCGGAACAACACCGUGAGACGGCACAUCGCGCGCGAGCACAAAGCCGAGCUAAAUCUGAAGGCCUUCCAACAGUCGAACCAUUCGAUGUCGGACACGGUGCCGCAGUAACGGCGUCCUCGUCAUCGCUGUCGUUAU